GGUCAGAUUUGUGGCUUUACCGUGUAGCAGCGACGGGCCAAAUUUGUGGCUUUACCGUGUAGCAGCGACGGGCCAAAUUUGUGGCCUUACCGUGUAGCAGCGACGGGCCAGAUUUGUGGCUUUACCGUGUAGCAGCGACGGGCCAAAUUUGUGGCUUUACCGUGUAGCAGCGACGGGCCAAAUUUGUGGCUUUACCGUGUAGCAGCGACGGGCCAAAUUUGUGGCUUUAUCGUGUAGCAGCGACGGGCCAAAUUUGUGCCAUGAUAUAAGCCCCCCAAAAUAGAUGAUACAUAAUCUGAUCACAAAUGCUUUGAUAUAUAUUAUGAAAUGGUUUGUGUGAGUGAUGAUUUUUCCUCAUUUUUCUUGCUUAGAGGGACCAUUAAGAAACAUGAUCCCCGCUGCUACUGGGUUAAUAAUGUCUAUGUUCCAAUAUGCUGUAUGUUGACAUGUUCGUCCUCCCCCACAGAGUGUUGGUAGUGUUGUCCGUGGCCAGGUCCAGGCACGAUGCUUCCACGUCUCCCCGCUGAUCUCUACGGCCUAGAAGGUGGCCAUGUCCCACCUGGACCCUGGCUCGGAGAUGCCCUACCCCAAGCUGCAGGCCAACUUAGAUAUCGUCAAACAAAGGCUGAACCGCCCUCUCACCCUCUCGGAAAAAGUGCUGUACUCUCAUCUGUCCGAUCCUUCCAACCAAGAAAUCGUCCGAGGUGAGUCCCACUACCUCAAGCUCCACCUAGACCGCGUUGUAAUGCAGGACGCCACAGCACAGAUGGCCAUGCUUCAGUUCAUUAGCUCUGGACUGCCCAGGGUCACCGUACCAUCAACCAUCCACUGUGACCAUCUUAUUCAAGCGCAGAUCGAUGGCCCUAAGGAUCUCCAGCGAGCCAUUGAAAUCAGCAAAGAGGUCUACAAUUUCCCGGCUACUGCUGGGGCCAAGUAUGGAGUUGGAUUCUGGAAGCCUGGCUCUGGGAUUAUUCAUCAGAUAAUUUUGGAGAACUACGCUUUCCCCGGGCACUGAUUCUCACACGCCCAACGGAUGUGGUCUUGGAGGCCUGUGCAUUGGUGUGGGUGGUGCCGAUGCUGUUGAUGUUAUGGCCGACAUUUCCUGGGAGCUGAAGUGCCCUAAGAUUCAGAGGAAGAAGAAGAGGAGGAAGAGAUAACAAGAGGAACAGAAGAAGGAGAAGAAGAAUCUCUCUCUCUCUCUCUCUCUCUCUCUCUCUCUCUCUCUCUCUCUCUCUCUCUCUCUCUCUCUCUCUCUCUCUCUCUCUCUCUCUCUCUCUCUCUCUCUCUCUCUCUCUCUCUCUCUCUCUCUGUUCUCCACACAGGUACAAACGACGUCACCACGACCCGGUCUGAGGAACUGCUGGACAAGUACCGUAGGCUCAUCCAGUAGUAUAAGACUAAAUCCCCUAAUAUUUUGAUUUCAGGAAUUCUACCACGGACAUGGGAUGAGGGCGACUUCUACAGUAAGGCCUUCAGCCUCAACAACCGCCUGCAGACUCUCUGCGGAGAGCUUGACGUCGAAUUCUUUAACGCCUGGAACGAUUUCUACGGCCAGAGUAGACUUUUCCAAAGGGACGGCAUACACCUGUCCCCAUCAGGCAGCCAGAUUUGGAAGGCUCCUCAACAACGCCGUACAUAACGCCCGAACAACAAAAAACGACUCUCAGCCACGUCCUUCCAUCCCGCCCGUGUAAAUAGACACCUCACACCUCAACAGACUCGUAACAUUGAACCCUCCAGUACCUCUAUUACCAAGCUUCAAGAUAACCUAAGAGUCCUUAGUUUCAAUGCGCGUAGCCUAAGAAACAAAUUUGAUGAACUGCGAUGUCUUGCUCUGACAGAAAACUUUGACGUAAUUGCUAUAACCGAAACAUUUAUCGACACCACUAAUAUUGAUUUAAGUUCCGAAUAUAACAUAGAUGGCUACAGAUUCUUCA